AUGUAUUCAGAGGAGAGACAGUCACUCUCAGAUGUGACAUUGAUGGUGAAGGAGUCACUAGCUGGCAGUACAGCUGAGAGAGGAGGAUCACGAACAUCAAACAUCAGUGAUGCCGUUACACUGACAGUAUCAGAAAGACCAAAACCCACAGUGACCAUCAAACCUGAUCGACAUGCAUUUGGAGAUACAGUCACUCUCAGAUGUGACAUAUAUGGUGAGGGAUUCACAAGUUGGCGGUACAACUGGUAUAAAGAUGGUUUAGUCAGUGUUUUCAGUGAACUACAGGAACACACAUUCAGUCCUGUUACUGAGUCUGACGCAGGUAAAUACUCAUGUUAUGGAACAGAGAGAGGAGGAUCACGCUACUCACACCGCAGUGAUGCAGUUACACUGAGAGUAUCAGAUCCCAAAGCAGAAGUAAGAGUUUCUCCACAGAAAUGGUUGAGAGAAGGAGAUCCUGUUACUCUGAUCUGUGAGGUUAACGGCUCCUCUACAGGCUGGACAUUCAGCUGGUACACUGUUGUUUCAGACUACAGUGGUCAUUAUCAGCUGCUCUCAGACAGCAGCAGAGGAGCUGGAGGAAACUACACUGUCAGUUCUGCUGCUCUAAAACACACAGGAGUUUAUGUGUGCAGAGCUGAGACAGAUACACCAGUCAUUUACACAACCUUUAGCAACACACAACCACUAUGGGUUACCGGUGUUUCUCCUCCAGUGUCUCUGAUCAUCAGUCCCAGUAGAACUCAACACUUCACAUCUGUCUCUCUCUCUCUGAGCUGUAAAGACCAGAGAAACUCUGAUGGAUGGAGAGUGAGAAGAUACACAGACAGUGGACAGGUAGAAGAUUGUUCGUCAUCACUGUGGAGCUCACAAACAAGAGGAUCUACAUGUACAAACAGCUACACCAGCACAGCAGACACUGGAGUGUACUGGUGUCAGUCUGAAUCUGGAGAGAACUAUCAUCCUGUUAAUAUCACUGUACACUCUGGUGUGAUUCUGGAGAGUCCUGUUCAUCCUGUGACUGAAGGAGAUACUCUGACUCUACGUUGUUUAUAUCAAUUUACAACCCCACCAAACCUCAGAGCUGAUUUCUAUAAAGAUGGAUCACUCAUCCAGAAUCAAACUACAGAGAUGAUCAUCUCUAAUGUCUCAAAGUCACAUGAGGGUUUCUACUACUGCAAACACCCAGAGAGAGGAGAGUCACCCAAGAGCUGGAUCUCAGUCACAGGUGAGAUAUCUCAGAUCUCUGUCCUCCACACACUCAGUUCUGUACUGACAGUUUGUCCAUAUCUGCUAGUGACAGUCGUGCUGAUCUUCAAAUGCUACAGGAUGAGAGUUACAUCAGUUGAAGAGGAAGAAACUUCAGUCUGAUAUUAAUCUGAGAAAACUUCAGCUUUAUUUCCGGAGUGACAACUGCAGUUAAAUGCUGGAAUGAAUCCUCUUACUGAUCGUUCUGUGUGUGCGCAUGAAAUACAGAAGUCAACAUGAGCAUUACCAGCCAACUUGACUUCC